AUGGACCCUCUGGCGACAAUAGAGUCAAUCGACGAUGACAAGAAGUCUAGCAUCGUUCUCGAGGAUCCUGGAGAGCACGUAACGCUCACGCGACCAUGGACUCAGAGGCUUUUUGAUAAAGUGACUUUCGUCUUCACCCGCUGGGGUAUCGAGACCAAUGGGAUCGAUCCGAUUCCGCCAGCCCAACGAACCGAUACCAGACUGUAUCAGAUGUUCUUCGUGUGGUUCUCAGCCAACAUGAAUGUCCUCUCCUUCGGUACAGGAUCGUCGGGGCCAGCUUUCUAUGGCCUUAGCCUCCGUCAAUCGUUGAUAACUCUACUGGUUGUCGAUCUCAUAUCUUGUGCUGUACCGGCUUACUUUGCAAUAUUUGGACCUAAGCUUGGCAUGCGAUCCAUGGUUCAAGCUCGUUACACUUGGGGAUACUUUGGGGCCAUGCUACCAAGUGCUUUGAACGUAUUUUCGAUGGAAGGCUUUCUCGUCCUCGACUGCAUCAUUGGAGGGCAGAUGCUAGCCAGUGUCUCUGACGGGCAUUUGAACGACACGCUUGGUAUUGUCAUUAUUGGUCUCAUAUCCCUAGCCGUGACCUUCUUCGGCUACAGGGUUAUUCACUGGUAUGAGAGUAUAGCCUGGAUACCCAACGUGAUCGCAUUCAUCAUCAUGCUGGGAAUCGGAGGCAAGCAUCUGGUCGACGCUCCCGCCUCAGGACCUGUCUCCCCAGCGAUGGUGAUUACCUAUGGUACGACGGUGGCCUCGAGUGUCAUCAGUUGGUGCACGAUGACGCCUGACUAUGGCGUGUACCAUAUCCCGAACGCUUCUAGAUUCCGGAUCUUCGCAUACACCUAUCUCGGGUUCUUCAUCGCGAGCAUUGUGUCGCACAUGCUUGGCGCCGCCUUCGCUGCCUCUGCGCUAUCAGAUCCCACUUGGGAGACAGGCUUCGCCAAUGGUAACAGCGUUGGUGGUCUCGUUGAGGCAGUACUGUCACCUGCAGGCAACUUCGGCAAGUUCGUCACGGUGUUGGUCGCGCUUUCCAUUCCUAGUGCCUGCGCUCCGACGAUGUAUACAUUCGCAUCGAGUUUGAUGAGUAUCAGCUAUUACUUCGCGAAGGUGCCGAGGUAUAUCUUUGCAAUCAUCUCUGCGGCAAUCCUCAUUCCCGUCGCCAUCGUCGGUGCCACCCGUUUCUACGCUACGUUCACUGAUGUCCUUAGCAUUAUCGGCUACUGGAGCAUCGUGCAUGGAGUCAUGGUUCUAGUCGAGCACUUUCUGUUCCGCAAGGUCAACUUUGCAGCAUACAAUUUGGAAGACUGGAACCGUCCACGUCGACUUACGCCCGGGAUUGCAGCCAUGUCCACAUUCCUCUGCGCAUUCGGCAUCAUCAUCCCGUGCAUGAAUCAGGCAUGGUACGUCGGUCCUAUUGCGAAGGCCGGUAGUGGGGAUAUUGGCAUCAUUGUGGGUAGCUGUGUAGUGUGCAUUUUAUAUCCUGUGUUGAGAUCUGUGGAGAGAAUGUUCUCGAAGGAGACGAAGACGGUGGCGUAG